UAUUGGGGUUCCAACUUUGGAAAAUCUCAUACAGUCCCUUGUAAAGUUACUGGUCGUUGUGGUAUGAUCUUUGCACGUUUAGUCCCUAUACCUCGUGUAUCAGGUAUAGAUCCUUCCUGCCAAGAAAAUAUGUUAGUGUCACAGAUUGUCACUGCUACUUAUGGUGACACUGUCUGUACUCUUAAGGAUACCUCUUAUAUUAUUGGUAAUAAUUAUGAGUUCUUAACUCCUGAGCUUUGGGAGAAAUCUGAGUUCUCUAAGGGCCCUUACCAAGAAUUAUCUGGUUUCCUUACUCGAAAGCAAAAA